UGGAUCUAUAAUGACAUUUUGUAGGGCUGCAUGGACCAGCUAGGCAGAACCAUAGACCUGGAGGACCAAAACAUGGACCAACGAGACCAAAUCAUGGACCAGAAAGACCAAAACAUGGACCAACAAGACCAAAUCAUGGACUAACGAGACCAAACCAUGGACCAUCGAGACCAAACCAAAGCGGCGGAAUGUUAGUAUCAUGGAAUCCAACAAGGUCAAGGGCGGAUUUUGUGGUGGCUCAGGACGGUUCUGCGACUUAUCGUACAAUAAACCAAGCAUUAGCCGCCGUUUCAAGUAUGGGUAAAAGUCGGACGAACAGAGUGAUAAUCUACAUAAAAGCUGGUGUUUACAACGAAAAGAUCGAAAUAGAUAGACACAUGAAAAACAUCAUGCUAGUUGGUGACGGUAUGGACCGUACAAUCGUCACUAAUAACCGAAACGUCCCGGAUGGUUCCACUACUUAUGGAUCAGCAACAUUCGGGGUGUCUGGGGAUGGAUUUUGGGCGCGGGACAUGACGUUCGAGAACACAGCAGGACCGCACAAACAUCAAGCUGUGGCGUUGAGAGUGAACUCAGAUUUGUCUUUAUUCUAUCGGUGUAGUUUCAAAGGAUAUCAAGAUACUCUUUUCACACAUUCACUUCGUCAAUUCUACCGCGAUUGUCAUAUUUAUGGUACCAUUGAUUUCAUAUUUGGAGAUGCGGCUGCUGUUUUUCAGAACUGUGAUAUAUUUGUGAGACGGCCUAUGGAUCAUCAAGGCAAUAUGAUCACAGCUCAAGGAAGAGACGACCCACAUGCAACUACAGGUAUUUCGAUCCAACACUCGCGGGUCAGGGCCGCACCAGAAUUCGAGGCGGUUAAAGACCGGUUUAAGAACUAUUUGGGCCGGCCUUGGAAGAAGUACUCU